UGUAUAUACACAUACCAUAGCAUCUCAUUCCUUCCUUCAUACAGCACUUGAACUUCUCUCCCUUGAAAUCAAACCCUACCUUAAUUAGCUACCUACCCAGUAUCGAUCAAUGGCCUUGUCACUUGUCAAAAACCUCAUCAUUGACGAAAAAACGCUCACUACCGAUUUGGAAUCCAUGGUAACUCAGUUGGAAGACCACAUCUUAACGAAGCUGGUGCGAGCCAACAAGGCCCUUGAUAAAAGACUACCUUUGAGAGUCCAUAGAAAAUUGAUAGUCAUUGCUUUACGAAUCUUCAAAAUCGUGCUCCGUACCUACACAACCAUGUUUAUACAUGCACCAAUUCUCCUUCUCAAACUUGCUGUCAAGUUUUAUUUUGCUGAGUCUUGGAUUUCAAAAUUAAAACCCAAGAAAAGCAACGUCGGCUCUCAUGUGUUUCAGCUCGAACAUUACAUGGAAUGCAAGAAAGAAAACGUGAACAAGGCGCUGGUUGAACUAUUACCAGAGAAUGGAAUCUCUCAAAAAAUUUGCAAUGCUAUGAAGUACUCUCUUCUUGCUGGUGGAAAGCGCAUACGCCCAAUACUUUGUAUUGCAGCGUGUGAAUUUGUAGGUGGAGAUGAAUCAUCCGCGAUGCCAAUGGCAUGUGCAAUGGAGAUUAUUCACACCGCGUCGUUGAUUGUUGAUGAUCUUCCUUGUAUGGAUAACGAUGAUCUUAGGAGAGGGAAUCCCUCGAGCCACAAACAGUACGGUGAAGACAUUGCGAUUCUUGCUAGUGCUGCACUGUCCUGCCUUGCCUUUGAGCACAUAGUGUCAAAGAAAGUAAAUGUUUCCCACGACCGCAUGGUUGACGCCAUUACAGAGCUUGCUUCAGCGAUUGGCUUGGACGGGCUCGUGUCAGGUCAGUAUUUGGAUAUUGAGUUUCAAGGAAAGAAAGUGACUUUGGAACAGUUGGAAAAUAUUCAUGCGCUUAAAACUGGGAGGCUUUUAGAGGCCUCAGUUGUUUGCGGAGCAAUAAUUGGAGGGGCCACUGCGAGCGAGAUAGAUAAACUUCGAAAAUAUGCACAGAAUAUUGGAUUGUUGUUUCAGGUGGUCGAUGAUAUUUUGGAUGAGACUCAGCCCACCACAAAGUUGGGGAAGACUGCUGGCAAGGAUUCGGCGAGCCAAAAGGCCACGUUCAUGAGGCUUAUGCACAUCGACGAGGCCAAGGAUUAUGCCAAGGAGUUGGUUGAUCAAGCCGUUCAUGAGCUUGCCCAUUUUGAUGCUGCGAGGGCUGCUCCGCUGUACAAUUUAGCCCAUUUCAUUCUUAACCGUUGCGUUGUUGGAUUACUGGAACCGAUAUGCAUCGAUAACGCCUGGUCUUCGAUCAAAUCAGCAAUCUGAGAGAAGAUGCAAUAACCGGAAGUUCUCUCUCCCAGUGUCAUGGUAUUUGGCUUAUCGAUCGGCAAACACCCUUGGACGACAUUUGGGCAAAGAGUGGAGGAGCAUAUAUUACUUCUUUUGCUUUGUUUUGUUGUUGGUUUCAUUUGGUUUCACCGAAGGUGUUUGUUGGCAUAUAUGUUAUCAUCUACUCUUCAUUAAUGCAAUCAUGUUUUAAUGUUAAAACAAAAAUAAUGAGAAUACUCGCCAAC